CUCAACAUUGCCGCAAAGCCUGAAUAAUAAGUUCAAGUUUAAACCAUCUUAAAUAUAAUCGUCAUAUUGAACAAUUUGUCUAAGCCCUCAAUUUGCCCACCCAGUUGUUGUAAUCAUUCAAGAGAAAAGGUGACACAAUGACUGCUGACGAUCCCCUCGAUAACUUUUUUAUUCGCUUCAAGAAUCACAUCGACAACAACAUCCAUCGUGGGUUUCAGACCAUACUCGCAUUGCCAGCACAAAUGGCAAACCGUGAACAAGAAAUAGAAAACAGGUCAACCAACGACCACCAUGUCAUCUCCCAACAGAGGAAGUCUAUGAACCAUGGACCAGAUUCGAACGUAUCGAGCCCGGAUGAUACGAGAGAGGCCGAUGUAAGAGAUGUUUACCGAUGGGCCAUCUUAUCUCCCUAUUCCCCUCUGAACCUUCAGACCUUGCGACAACCCCGUCCGGCCGACGCACCUCGGGAUUGUCCUGACUGUUUUACCUUCCGCGACGCAUUCGAGGAUCUGUUAGCUGUGAACUCCGGGAAGCCUCUCCAUGAUCUGCGCGCGGUUGCGUUUACCAAAAACUUUGAACAUGCGCGAUACUUCCCCUGGGGCAUGUCCGUUGAGGACUGGGUUGCCGGAGUCGGGCUCCGCGGGCUUUGGAACGCCUACUUCCCCCUCUCCCAAUCGGCUAGGCGUGAUCUUUCCAACGGUAUCAUACCCUGGAGGGGCGUGCACAUUAGAGAAUUGUCGUUUCAUCAAUCGCCAGUAUCGACAUGGCCUAGUAUGAUCUCUCCACCCGGGGAGCAUCGCCAGUCUUCAGCUUUUAGAGAUCCGGUCCGAUAUGAAGGAAAUGCAGCUGAGCGCGAAGCCGAAACUACGUAUCCCCAAGAAGCUGACACUGAAUAUGAUUUGUACGAAGCUACUGCAGAUAACGAGUCGGUAGAAGUACCUGUUCCUCAAGGGUUUGACCGUCAGACUACUGCUACUACUACUACCACUACACCAACCCAAGUUACCACUCGCCAGACUUCUGAUGAUGGAACUGUGACCGAGGUCACCGAAACACCGGAUGGCGGUAAGAUUGUAAAGACCAUCCAACAGCACAGCUCAAAAUUCGGUAACCGAGUCGGAACCGUCACAAAGCAAUAUAAUUCUGCCGGAGAGCUGGUCUCAACAAGUCGGACGAAUAACUGGUCGUGGUCCUAUCACUCGGAUUCAGAUGAUGAUGAUGAUGCUAGGGAACGGUCAGAUGAGAAGGAUGAGAGGUCGACCAGGAAGGAUCAGAAGUUCAGCAGCUGGUUUUGGAAAUAGUUUUAAUUGCUUUAUCACUUUUUAUUGGGGAGCAUGCGCUAUCACGUAUACAUACACACACUGCUCGUUCUGACACUGCGAUGAUGGACUUAUUGUGCACA